AUGGCAAAUCAGAUUGCUGCAUUAGCAAAUACUCGGAUUGAUAACAAUAAUGAUCGUCGUGAACAACCAGAGGACGAAGAGCACCAAUUUGAUCCGACGCACAUUUCUGAGACAAUUCGAGUUAAAGAUGCUCGGCCUCCACGGAAUGAAGAAGCUUGGCCCUCGCAAAACGAGCACGGGAAACCAGAAAAUGAGGAUACCGAGCCUGAUAACGCUGUGGGGCUAUUCACAGCCAAAGUUAUGAAUUUCAAGCUACCAAGAAUAUUCACUCUCCCACCGACCUUAACCGCUUUCAAUGGGUUAGGAGACCCGAAGAAAUACCUCAAAAUUUUCAAAUUCAUAAUGAUCGUAAAUGGUGUUUUCGAUUCCAUCUUAUGUCGUUAUUUUUCAUCUUAUUUAGAUGGCCAUACACUUGAUUGGUUUUGUUCUUUGCCUGCAGAUUCUAUCUCUCAUUUUCGGCAGCUAGUGAAGCUUUUUGAGGAUCACUUUGUUGGAUCCGCAAUCUACUUACAUAACUCGGACUACCUGAACACAAUCAAACAAGGCCAGAAUGAAAGUUUAAAGGACUACAUGACUCUCUUUACAAAAAUCGCCAUGAGCAUACCAGAUCUCCACCCUGAGGUACUUUUGCAUGCCAUCAAGAGUGGACUCCGACCAGAGAAAUUCCAAGAAACAAUUGCAGUAGCCAAGCUAAAUACUCUGGCCGAGUUCCGGGAAAAAGCAAAAGGACAAAUGGAUAUUGAGGAGCUUCAACAAGGUCGAAAGGGGACAAACCUCAGUACAAAGAUGAAGAGGGACGACAUCAUCAAAGAAAUCCUCAACUCCAAGAUGAUCAAGCCUCCGCAAAAAGCCGACACCUAUCAAGAGGUAAAAAAUGUCGACAAAUCCAAAUAUUGCACUUUCCAUCAGAAGCACGGACACACCACUGACGAAUGCGUUAUCGCCAAGGACCUCCUAGAGAAACUGACGAAGGAUUAA